AUGUCCACGAUCUCUGGUUGUGCCAUGGGACAUGAAGGAGGUGUGCCAGGACUUGAUCUACAAGAUGGAGCAGAGGGAGCUCAUACAAAAGCGAAGAAGUCCAUUCUUAAGAGAAUAAAAGCUAAUCUUAAGUUUAGCAAUGGAGAUGAAGAAGAAGAAGCUAUCAAAAAAUUCAAUCUCAAGAGCCCUUCAAAUCAUAAUACACACCACAUCGAGAUUCAUCAGGUCCCAACAAAAAUUCAUUUACAAGACGAAAUAAUGAUGGACAUUCUCCGCAGAUUGCCUGUGCAGUCUCUUGUUCGAUUUAAAUGUGUUUCAAAAUUGUGGAAAUCAUUAAUGAACGACCCUUACUUUAAGAGGACACAUUAUAUUCAUAACAGGGAUAACCAAAAAGUUCUUUUUGCCGAAAGGUUACUUGAUAAGGAUGAGACAUAUAACUUCUAUACUAGUUCUUUAUCGAUGGUUGAGGAUAAACAAAAGCUUGAUGGGCCUACAAGCUGCAAUCCGGUGGAUGCUAUACUAUUUUGUUCUUGUGAUGGAUUGGUUCUUAUUCGUGUUUGUUCUAGAAAGUUCUGCGAAGAACUUUUGUUGUGGAAUCCGUCCACAAGAGAAUCAAUACUACUUCCCCGUCCAGAAUUUCCAUUAUUGAAUUAUGUAUUUGGCAUGGAAUAUGAUGCAACUAGUGAAGGCUAUAAGAUCGUUGCAGUUAACCUCAAUGGAAGUAAAAGUAUCAAUAUUUCGGUUGAAUGUCUCUCUCGAACAAGUCCUUGUUGGAGAAGAAUUGAUUAUCCUACUGACAUUGAGCGGGUUAGUGGUUUUAGGGAUUGUGGUACGGAUAAUUUGGCGUUUCUACAUGGAGCAUUUCAUUGGCUUGGUAAGUCACCUUCUGGAUAUCAUACUACGGUUUCGUUAACUAUUUCAAAUGAGGUGUAUGGAGAGGUACCGUUAUUGAAGCAAAUGUAUUAUCUAUGUCCCCUCUACUUCUUCGUCGAUCAUGGUGUUUCAGUAUUGAGAGGAAUGCUUUGCUUUUAUUCUGCAUAUAACCUUAUUGAGUCUAGAGGCACUUUUAAGUUGUGGAUAAUGAAGGAGUAUGGUGUGAGGGAAUCUUGGACUAACUUUAUUAAAAUAAAAGGUACCGAUCUUUUUCUAUCAGCCCGACCAUUAUAUAUGUUUGCGGAUUGUCAAGUGUUACUACACUUCCGGCGUUUCACAUAUUUUAGUUCUAAUUUCACGACAAGUGGAAGACCAUUUGAUUUAUGCCCUGAAUGUGAUACUGCUAAGAGCGGAGUUGUUUUUGCAGAGAGCUUCAUUUCACCUACUUCACUUACUUAUUAGUAUUUACAUAUGUUUUCUUUCUGUUGAAGAUUAUGUAACAAAUGAAUUUAUGUUUUCUUUCUGUUGAAGAUUAUAAAUGUGUGAAUCCACCUAAAGUAUCAUAUAAUGUGACAAUGAUUGGUUACAUAUCUUAGAAUUUUGACUUUUGUAUCUAUCUUGUUUUAUUUUUCUUUCUAAAACUUGGUAGCAAUUCUUUAAAUGGUUAUUGAUAGCACCUCUCCCAUUUUAAUUUAUUGACCGUUUUAAUUUUGGAAUAAU